AUGGCUCUACUGAGUGCCUCGGUUUGUGGUCUCAGAAGGUUGCUGGCUAUCUGUGAAGGCUAUGUUAAAAAUCACGGAUUAGUCUACAAUGAGAAGAAAAGUGUAGUCAUGGUCUUUGAAGCUGGUGGUCGAUGCUUGAAAACAAUACCUCCUGUGAGGUUGAAUGGUACGGUUCUGCAGAGGACCUAUAAUUUUAAAUAUCUUGGCCAUAUAUUGACCUCCAACUUAAAAGAUGAUCUAGAUAUUGAGAGGGAAAGAAGGGCGCUGUCGGUUCGAGCUAACAUGAUUGCUCGCAGGUUUGCUCGUUGCAACGUAGCUGUCAAGCAAACUUUAUUCCGUGCUUAUUGUACCUCUUUUUACACGUGCAGCCUGUGGGCAUCAUUUACUCAAAAAUCGUACAGCGCCAUUCGAGUACAAUAUAAUAACGCGUUCCGGGUCUUAAUGGGGCUGCCUCGCUUCUGCAGCGCAUCAGGGAUGUUUGCUGAAGCUCGCAUUGACUGCUUCUACGCAACAAUGAGGAAAAGAUGCGCGUCCCUGGUGCGCCGUGUGCGGGACAGCCCCAACACCUUACUGCGCUGUAUAGCGAGUAGACUCGACUGCCUGUAUAUGAAUCACUGCUGCAGACUUUCCACUUCGGUGAUAGACCUGCAGUGGUGA